GCUCGCAGUUAUGGUUGUAAUGUAAUGGACUUCUUCUUCUUGCAAAAUUUGACGUUUGCAAUAAGAAGAUAAAAAGACUUACACACGCUCGCUUCGAGAUCUAUCUGAAGUUUGGCGUGAGAAUUGUGCUCGAACAAGCCCGCUGAAAACGGUAUUCUCGCCGGGAGCGCAGAUGAGUCGUGGCUGAAUUGCAGACGGCGGACACAUGAGGCGCGCAUAAAAUUCCAAUAGGAGAGCGGAGCUGGUGCGCAAAAAGCACAGGCUCCAACGAGGAACAUGGCGACACGUCAGGACGACGAGAUGGGGGGCGGCCCGGCCGAGCCCGCCCCCUUUCACGUCCUUCCCCACACGGAGGAAGUGGCCAACUUCCUGGCCCAGCAGCACCAGCAGCAGCAGCAUCAACACCAAAACCAAAACUACCUGAUCCACCAGCAGCAGCACGGCCAGGCAUCUGGGCCCAUGAUGUGGCCUCAUCCGCCGUCGCACUUGGCCGCACCCCCAUUUCCGCCCCAUCUUCAGCAGCAGCAACCACAGCCGCACUUGUACAACGAGUACCUGUACAACUUGACCUACUCCGGGCAGCCAGGCCAGCCGGAGACCUACUCUGUACUGCCCGUGGGACACGGAAACUUCCUCAAGGUGUACCACUGCCCGGAGAACCCAGUCAACGAGGCCAGCGCUCCGCUCUUCACGCAUAUCAACAUGGCUCCGCUUGGCCACCAUCAGCUGCAGCAUCACCAGACCGCUUCGCCGACUCCGCCGCACCCGACCCCACUAUAUGAACUGUUUGCCACGAAUCCUCUGACCUUGCCGCAGACCCAGCCACAAGAAGCCCAGCAGCGCCAGCCUCAGCAGACACAGAUUCAAACACAAACCCAUGCUGCCCCCCAAGUCAUUCACUCGCCAAGCAGUGCUAAUUUGCUUAUCAACAACCUGGUUAACAACUGGUCACCAAACCUCACUGGCGGAAGCUACAUUCAAUUCGGGGAUGAGGCCAACGAUAAUGAAAACCAUCAGGCUGAGCCACCGACAAACCAAGAGCCACCGAUUUCGAAGCAGGAGCUGCAGCAAACACCGGAGCCUUUGUCGCAAUCCGUCAGCGCACUGCCAGUGGCCUCCAAAUCAGCCAAGGCUCACAAAAUACCUUUGGCCACUGCCACCGUCUCACCCACUGCCAUCAAAAAGUCGAGUGUUGUGCCUGGUCAAUCCGAGGGCAAGAAGCGCAUCGUGGCCGAGGUGAAACCCAUGCCCAUGUCGUACUCCGAUGUGCUCAGCAAGGGCACGAAAUCGACCGCCAUAGGGGGAGAGUUGCGCGCAGGCAACGCAGCGGACUACAGUACACAGCCGCAGCGGCGGCAGGGCAAGGAGGAUGGAAUUCGUGAGAUGCGCAUGGCGAAGCGUUCUCCUAUGCACGAUUCCAAAGAGAUGGGUUCGGCGGCGGUCAGUGUUGGACAUGCGCACGCCAGUCGAGGCAAGAAGCGAGGUCCGGCCAACCAGGCUGCGCCGCUCAAGGUGCCACAGUCCCAGCCUAUCCAACCGGCCACUCCGCAGACGCAGAGCAAAUCAAGCAAGCCCAUAAAUCAGGAUAAGAAGAGGACACUGCAGCCAAAGAGUUUUAGCAGUAACAUCCUAAAGUCUUCAGAGCAAAAGACAACUUCCGCUUCGGUACCCUCUAACACCACCUUGCACAAUCACAGCAAUUCGACUCCGGCCGCCACUUUUAACAACUCAUCGCGUAAAUCAGGCAAUAACAAAACCAAUUCUUAUGGAAGUCACUCGAAUCACACUGGAGCCAGCGGCAAUUCGGGCAGCAGUAAUACCAGCAGCACCUUCAAUUACUCCACAAAUAACAAUGUUAGUUCCUCUUCGUCCAAGCGGUAUUCCUCCUCGAAUCUUAACUCGAAUAAUAGUUCUGGCUACUCCUACUCAUCGAAACGCAAUCGAAGCAAUGUCUAUUCCUCGUCCAAUUCGCCCACUCAUGCCAACAGCCUUUCCAGCAGCCGCAAUUACCAGUUGGCCAAACGAAUUCUACACACUUGGUGGAUUUACACUAUGAAACUGUUAACAUGGCUAUUCUAUUUGGUCUACGAUAUUGUUGUUCUGGGUUUCAGCAUGGCCUACGAGCGGAUGACUCUGGCCUACGUGUCUGGAUUGACUUAUGCGCAGCAGCUUCACAAGGAACUUAAGCAGAAUUCUGGAAAGCCGAGCAUUUGGUGGCGAAGUUACUGGCGGCGACUUGACGCUAGAUUUGCCAAAAACUCACGCUGGGCCGUGUGGAGACGUUUUUAUAAACGCAAACCUCCUGAACCCACAUCUGAGCAAUUUAAAACUGGUCGCCUGCCACAAACCGGCGAAGAGGCAAUGUACUCUCUGCUGAAUUGCAAAGGGAAAGAUGCAUACAGCAUACUUGGUGUCCCACCAGAUAGUUCGCAGGAACAGAUCCGUAAGCAUUACAAAAAGAUUGCCGUGCUCGUACAUCCAGACAAAAAUAAACAGGCCGGUGCCGAGGAGGCUUUUAAGGUGCUUCAGCGCGCCUUUGAGUUAAUCGGAGAGCCGGAGAAUCGUCUCAUUUAUGACCAAAGCAUCGCAGAGACACUGCACGCAGAGAAAGCAUGGACGGAGUUGCAUGACCUACUUUCCCAACUGCAAACCAAAAUGGCUGAAGCAGCCAAUACCAUAAGGUGUAGCACCUGUGCCCAGCGUCAUCCACGCAAGCUAACCGAACGUCCUCAUUAUGCGGCGCGGGAGUGCGCCUCCUGUAAAAUUCGGCAUUCAGCCAAAGAUGGCGACAUUUGGGCGGAAUCCAGCAUGAUGGGCUUGCGUUGGAAAUACCUGGCGCUAAUGGAUGGCAAGGUCUAUGACAUAACUGAGUGGGCCAACUGCCAAAAAGGAGCUUUGUCACAUUUGGAACCAAACUCGCACAUGGUGCAGUAUCGCAUUGUACGCGGUGCUCAACAACAACAACAACAGCAGCAGCAACAACAACACACGCAGCAGCCACAUCACGAUCGGGGUGUUCAUCAUCCAAGCGGCGGAGUCAGCGGGGUUAGCGAAGCUACAUUGCACGAGUUUUUAGACAAUUUGUAUAGCGGUCAGCACCCGGGUGCGUCGAACGCCUUCGCCGGAAAUGCUCGUCGGCGAACGCGGCGUAACUAGGCGUCGCGGGAAUUGUCUUAAGUGUUUUAAAAUCUCUUACCUACGGCUGUAGCCCACCCAACGCGAUGCCGUCGGCUUCUUGGUCCCGCCUCUCUCCCAAACACAGCAUCUUCCCUACUCUAACCGCAUUGACUCACAAUCAAGGGCCAUAUUCAUUUUUCCAAGCUGUAUUGUUUAAUAUUUCUUUACAGAAGAUCGUGAAUUGUUUGACUUGACAUAUUGAAUUGUUAAAUUACUACCACUUAGACUAAAUCUAUGUUUUAAUCUUUAGUUUCUGCCUACCUUUUAUGGUCAGCUUAUCACGCCUAGCUUUUAACAAAAAACUUUAGAUUUAAGUUCUAAGUUUACUAUUCCCGUCAAUUUUUAAGCGGCACACGUGUAAAAUUUAACACAUCCAAAUUAAACAAACAUUAAUGUUAAUAAAACAAUAUUUAACGCAGACAUGUAAAUAUAAUGCAUGUGCUUAA